AUGUCUUGGCGCAUCUCCCGUGCUGAAAAUUUACCUCCAACCUGCAAAUCCCCGGUUUUUGCCAACGCCCAGAAGCCCACCCCCACAAACACAUCAAUUGCAUCUGGCCAAGUCGUCAGAGGCUCUAUUUUGCAAUCCAUUCGACGAUCUACAGGCCUCCCACCGAACCCCGGGAAACGCGCAACGAUGUCCCGAUCCGCCGCCGACGCAACGCGGUUCACGGCCACAGGGCCCUACGCCAACUCCAAGACCGGCGGUUUCCAGACCGCAGAUAUCGGCAAGAACAACAAGUUCAACGCCAAGUCGCAAUCACCACAACAUACCGGCCCCGAUGGGAAACCGGAGACACCCAAGGAGAAGGUGGACCGACUCCGCGCGCAGGCCCGGGCUGCGAAGAGGGCUCAGGCUCUCGGAACUGGUGCGGAUCGGUGGAUUGAAUCUGGUCGAAGGUUUGCCAACAAGGCUCACAAGGGCAUGGUCUACACAUUGAUUGCCGCGUCGGGUGUCUGCGGUGUCCUUACAGUCUAUUCUAUGGUCUCACUUACAAUGUAUAACCGCCGCCAACGCACCCUCUGGAUCGAACGAGAAAUGGAGACUCUCAACCAAGCCCAGCUCGCCGUCGCCAACGGCAGCGCAACCGAGGAGCAGCAGGAACUCGUGAAGAAGGAGAGCAUUGGCGAGAUUGUGAAGCAGAAGCGCGCGGAGGAGAAGGCACAGAAGCCCUGGGCCAAGGCCAAGCGCUUCCUCUUCGAGAAGCUGAACAUGGAGGAUUCCGGCGCUGUCCCAGCUGCCGCAUCGACCGAGCAGCCGCAGAGCAGUGCCACAGAGGCGGUCCAGGCCAAACAGGCCAUCGCUGCUACCGCCGCAAAGACCGGUGCUCCCUUGCCCGGCCAGUUGGACGUAAUGGCCGAGAACGCGGAGGAAGCCGCAAAGGCCAAGACAAAGGGCUGGACUAGCUGGUUGACAGGGCGAUAG